UGGAGCUGAACAAGCCUAACACGGAAGUCAUGAAGGCUAAGCUACUAUGCUAACCGGCUGUGUAGCCGGUUCUUGCUGACAGUUACUCACCUCCAGUUAACUUUAACUGUAAUUUACGUAGCUGCUACAGAGGGGGAUGGCAAUCAGUGCUGUCUAGCUGUUACUAUUUAGUAAAACAAAAUAAAUCACGCAGCUGAGGCGCUAAAAAAUGAGAGAAGGAGUGUGUGUCGUGUGACUCAGCUCUUGUGAAGCAAUGGAGAAGCCCUGGAGGCUGUGGGGGGCAGUGGAGCGUUGUACCCUGACUCUGGCCUCUUGGUCCUGGGGUGCUUGUCGAGUCUCCCUUUUGGCCCUCAUCCUCACCUUCCACCUGUACGGGGGAUUCUUUCUCCUAGCUCUUAUCCUAGCCUCUGUGGCUGGCAUCCUCUACAAAUUUCAGGAUGUGCUCCUCUACUUCCCUGACCAGCCCUCCUCCUCUCGCCUUUAUGUUCCCAUGCCAACAGGAAUCCCACACGAGAAUGUGUACAUUCGCACCAAGGACGGUGUGAAGCUUAACCUCAUCCUGCUUCGCUACACAGGAGGGGACACGCCUCCUGGUGUCACCCCUGGCAAUCAAAGCAGCCCCACUUCCUCUGCUCCACCUACCAUCCUUUAUUUCCAUGGUAAUGCAGGUAAUAUUGGUCACAGGGUGCCAAACGCCCUGCUGAUGCUGGUCAAUCUGAAAGCUAAUGUGGUGCUGUUGGACUACCGUGGCUAUGGAAAGAGUGAGGGUGAGCCCAGUGAGGAUGGGCUGUACCUGGAUGCCGAGGCCACACUGGACUAUGUCAUGACCCGUCCUGAUCUGGACAAGACUAAGGUGGUGCUAUUUGGCCGCUCACUGGGGGGUGCUGUGGCUGUGCGCUUGGCAUCAGCCAACCCUCACCGUGUAGCGGCCAUUAUUGUUGAAAACACCUUCCUCAGCAUCCCACACAUGGCAGCAACACUCUUUUCCUUCUUGCCCAUGCGCCUGCUGCCCUUGUGGUGCUAUAGGAAUCAGUUCCUCUCCUAUCGGCAGGUGGCGCUGUGCCGCAUGCCCUCUCUGUUUGUGUCUGGUCUGUCGGACCAGCUCAUCCCACCUGUCAUGAUGAAACAACUGUAUGAGCUGUCUCCUGCGCGGACUAAACGCCUGGCUAUUUUUCCAGAGGGCACACACAACGACACUUGGCAGUGUCAGGGCUACUUUGCUGCUUUGGAGCAGUUCAUGAAAGACCUGCUGAAAAGCCACGCCCAUGAGGAGAGUGCUCAGCCCUCCGCUAGCGUCACCAUUAUCUGAGCCAGGGACUGUUGACUACAGGUUAUGAGCUGGAGAAAGUAAAAGCUGUCACGGAAAUUGAUUAAAUGAACUUUAUUGAUGUUUGGAAAGAAUGUAAAUUUUUUCGAUGCUUUGUCUGGGGUUUUAUUUUAUUUCACUCUUUAUACCUUUUGUGUAAAUGUAACAUUUGUUGAUUGAUUGAACUAUUUCAAAGUUUUAAUAGGGAACAAUCCCCUCAUGGGUUCUUUUGUGUUGCAGCUAGGAAUGCAUGUAUUUAUGACCUUAAAUGAAUGAAGCCAGAUCAUACAUGCCCACACUGCAGGACAUGUCAUUACCACAAAAACAAUUGCCGUAAUGGGUUUACUGAAAUUAAUUAAAAUCACAAACAAUUGUUUAUAGUUAAUUACCAUAUGAGGACAUAGACCUACAAUUUUUGAGUGAAAACUGAUUACUACUGGAAUUCAAAUUAUACUUCUUCAGAUAUUCAAAAUGAGACUAGUAAUAUGGAAGCCUGUGCUGUGUGUGUGUAUAUAUCUUUGUUAAUACACUUUUUUGUUCAGAUUUCGGUGUUAUGUAGGUGAAUGCCUUCUGAGCAAUACCUGGAGCAUAAGGAUGUGUUUGUCCUCUCUCUCAUUUUGGUGAGGAAUAUAAAUAUUGCAGCAGCUUGGCAUGAUAUGACAUUGUACUGAUCAAUAUUUAUUCAUACCCUUGAAAGUUUGUCUGGCACAAUAGCAUAGAAAAUGUGUGCUGUUGAAACUGUUGUAUUCAGUCACAAGAAAGUGUUGGCUGAGAUGAAGUGGUCGGUACUAUAAUGUUGACACAGUUGUUACUUCCGGCUGUCAGAAAUAAGUUCUUGAGAUAUUUCCUGUCAAAACGCUUCUGUUUCAGUGCGAUUGGGAUAAGCUAGAAGAUAUUUCUCCCCAUUUCUGUGUCCUGUUAAAACACAACAAACACACAGGAUAGUCUACUCUCAAAUGGGCUCAUUGGCUAUUGAACAACUUUGCCUCCUGUAGUUUGGUAAGGAGCAUUUGCUCUGUGUGUGGUUUGUUAUUAAAUCAUGGGUGCAGAUUUCUUUACGUCUAUCUUUGUACAACACUAGAAUACAUAUACCCAUGUGUACACUGAAAGAGUUAUUGGUCACUGCAAUCCUCCUUUCAUACACACUGUGAAGAGAUCAUUUUCUAAUGUUAAUCCAUUGGAUGAUAUUGGGGAAAUACACACGUACUCAAGGUUAAGCAGAAGCUAUUAUGAGCAGUCAGCAGGCUGAGUAAGAUUAAUUAAGUGGGUAUUUUCUAAGGUAAAGUCUAUAGAGAAGAUUUCCUGUUUGUGUUCCUAUUCCUCCACUUAGGUCAACAAGGAAAUACAGUGGUAAAUUCCAAGGAAUAUUUUGUGUGUGUGUGUGUGUGUGUGUGUGUGUGUAUAUAUAUAUACACACACGUGUGUGUGUGUUGUUUUUUUUAAGCAUUUCAUGGAUAAAUUAUUAGUCAUUUUAUAAUGUUUGUUUUUUCUUUUAAACAAGUGAAAAACUACCCAAUAUAUUUAAUUUUGAAAUGUUUUUAAAACAUUUACUAAAAGCACAUGGUAUGAAUAUGCAAAGUUAUUCAAGUGUAAAUUAUCUUUUUAAAUAAAACAAACAUAAGGUGGAAUAUACAUAGGCGCAAUAUAUUCUUUGGCACAUAAUGUCCACUGGAGUAGACAGAUGUAUUUUCAGUCACGGAACAAAAUGUAAAAAAAAAAAAAAAAACAGAAUUUAAAUAUGGCUAAAAGUAUUUCUAUCAUCCUAUUUAGUUGAAAAAUAUGUUGUUUUACUGUUCUAGAUUUCUGAGAAUGAAAUGUUUGUGCAGUUAUUGCUGAGGUUCUUGGUGCAUCUCCACUUCCCUCUCCUAUUUUGAAUUUUUGAUGCAGUAUAUUGAAAUGACAGAGAUAAUAAUCAAAUAGAAUUGUAGAAAAUGCUUUGGGGGCGCCAUGAGGUGGUUGGGACAUGGUACUAAAACUUACUGUCCACUGUAGUGGACAUCAUGCGUAAAAGGCUUAAGUUACUUACUUUAUUUAUCUAACUUAGACAGCUGAAGCCUCACAGUAACUUAAACUGAACUUUAGAAUGAAUGUUUACACAGAAAGAGGACUGGAGGAUACUAAUUGCACAAGGAAGGGAUUUCUUAAUGGCCAGUGCAGACCAGAGGAAUGCUUACACUUACUCUUUCAUCACACACACAUAUGGGCAUGUGAGUAUUGUACAAAGAUAGUUUUGCAAAACGUGUGAGCAUGUUUAAUCAAAAGUUGUGGGUUUUUUUCUGUUAGCUAUUAUCAUCAGCGUCAUAGUUGUUAAUUGGAUGAUUCUAGGUUCUCACCUCACCCCAUGCUUUUGUGACAACAUUGCUUUACUCACUUGGAGGGCUUUUAAUGAGCUAAUUAACCUUUCCUGCGCGUCUUCCAGGGAGUAGAGCAGAGCCUGGCGAUUAAAACACUGUUUAUCUGCUCCUACUUUCCAAAUGCAGCAUGCAGCACUGCAGUGGUAUCAAAGCCAUUUUAAUACAGAUCUCCUUAGCCAUAUUUGAUAUUGUUUGUAAACAGUACGCUACACAAAAUUUAACAAACAUCAAAAGACCACAUUUGUUUGUGUCAAUGUGAUUACAACUAUGGCCUAAAGGCUACUUUGAAUGUAAAUUGUGGUCUCAGUUAAACAAGUGUGCUUUAUAAGAAAUGUAUAGACCGUCUUUUCUCCCAUUUUGUGGCACAGAAGAGUUUCAGACAUUUUUGUAUUAUACCAAAUCCACGAGCUGAGUUAGAUGCAUUCAACUUAAUGAUUUUUAUGCCAACAUAUGUCUGCAGAGCACAUUGUGCAAUCUGAAUUCAACCUUGUACAUUCUACAUUCAUUUACUGGGUCACACUUUAUUUUACACACUUCCACUGUUGGUUUGCAUUGCAUCCUCUCUUCAUAUAAGAAAAGAUGCAGGAACUUUUCGUCAUUCUCUUGAUUUAUUUUCGUUGCUGGCUUAAAGCAAAAUGAAUAACUAGAAUAAUGGGGGAUUUGUCCUAGCUAAAUGUAUUAUUGUUGUUCAAUUAAUUUAUCCAGUUGAUGAAAAGAUAUGGAAUCACUGAAUGUCUGUCCAUUUUUUAAUAAAGAAAAUAAUUGUGGUAUUGUACAAAAGCUUGUGAAUAGAGGGGAAUGAAUGCAGUUGAAAUCAUUGGAAUUUGUAUGUGCAAUCUGGCAUGUGAUUACGCACAUUUGAACCUGCACAGUGUUGAUGUUGUUUUUGUACAUCUACCAUGACUUAAGUGACUCCACACUCACAAAACAUUGAUGGGAUCUCUGAACAGUCACACAUCUGAAUGAUUCAUCUUUAACUUUAGUAUGGCGCAGUCAGUUUGAGGGAUUUUCCAUUUUAGAUCAAUGUUUCUUUUCUAUUUCGAAGCAAUGUUAACUUCUUUUGUAAACACACAUUUUCACUUUCUAUUUUCUGUACGGUUACAUGCAAUAAAUUGAUACAUUAAA